AUGGAUCUGGAAUUCAGGCUGCAGUUUCUUUCAGUUAAGUUGGCAGUUAAUCUAUCACAAACUAUGAUCAAAGGGAAUAUGAUUGUUAAAGUUGGGAUUUUGAACAAUAAGUUUACUAGGUUUAUGGAGGACAUUGCCAAUAAAUCUUCAGAACGCUUCCCUUCCAAGAAAUCUUCUGGCACAGAUUCUGUUUGUGGGGAUCGUAAGGUGUUUCCUCGAAUUGGAGCUGAAUACCAGGCAGAAAUCCCUCAGAUAUUGGAAUGUGAUCGCGGGAAACUUACAGAAACAUCGUUUAAUGCAGGCAUUGAAGUGGAUACUUCUGAUUCUUUCUCACUCGGUUUACCUGUUCCAGUCAAGUGGAUAUAUAACAAAGCUCAAGUGAAUAUCAUAGAUACUACUAACAAUCAUGUGGUUGAAAGUAACCAGGAUCACUCUGUAGGACCUGAAAACGGACAGACUACUUUGAUUAAUGUAGAUGGAGAGCUCGAAAUUGAAUCUCCACAUAACGUUAUAGACAAUGGGAAAACAGCGGGCUUACUAAAUCUUCAAGAAAGGAAAGCACAUUUGGGUAAUUGUGAUGGCUUCCAUCUCGUUCCAGGCUUACCUAAUAAGUGUUGGAAGCAAAUUGAACAUUCGAGCUUUCUCCUUGGCUUAUAUAUCUUUGGGAAAAAUCUUGCUAUUAUUAAAAGGUUUGUAGGGGGUAAGGAGAUGGGAGAUAUAUUAUCCUAUUACUACGGGAAGUUUUAUAAGUCUAAAGACUACCAAAAGUGGUCAGACAGUCGCAAGCUAAGAGGCAGGCGGUGCAUUUCUGGCCAAAGGCUUUUCAUGGGCGGGAGGCAGCAGGAGCUCUUGUCACGUUUAUCUUCUUGUGUCUCCGAGGAAUGCCUUUCCAUGUUGAUUAAGGCUUCGAAAUUGUUGGGAGAUGGGAAUAUUACGCUGGAAGAGUAUGUGUUUUCGUUAAGGGAAAAAGUUGGCAUCGAGAAUCUAGUUGAGGCUAUAGCCAUUGGGAAAGGGAAGCGGGAUCUUACUGGAACUUCCAUGGAUUAUACGAAAGCCAUUCAGUCGCUCCCUGUUCGUUCUAGACUACAGAACACGAAACCAUGCUCCUCUCUCACAGCAACCGAGAUUCUAAACUUUCUGACAGGUAAUUUUCGACUAAGAAAAGCCGAGUUGAAUGAACUUUUCUGGGAUGCUGUUUGGCCCCGUCUUUUAGCUAGGGGAUGGCACUCAGAGCAGCCUAGUGAUCUAUCCUCUGCUGGUACCAAGCAGUCGUUAGUGUUUCUCGUGCCAGAUGUUAGCAAAUUCUCGAGGAGUUUAACGAAAGGAACUCACUUUUUCAACUCCAUUUCUGAUGUUCUCAACAAAGUUGCAUCAGAGCCCAGCCUUCUCGAACAAGAAGUCAUCAAUGCUUAUAACGACGAAGAACAGGAGGAGAAACACACGAUAAAUCCCGAGGUUUCACAGGAGCAGCAAAACAAUCCUGCAAGAAAUCAACAUUCAAUGGAAUUCACAGUAGUGGAUACCAGCCUGUUUACUGGAGUAGGGAGUGGCAAUAAAGUAUGGGAAACGAGAAGUUUGCCUCUCGAUCGUUUGAGUUCAGAUUCAAGCGAAGAAAAUCAUGGAUCGGAUCCCAUGGAUUUUGGUAACAUCGAAGAAGUAUAUGGUGAUGCAGAUAACGAUAUAACUAGCAUUUCAAAGGAUGAAGAAUUGCCUAAUGGUCCAGUUUCAUUGAUCACAGAAGCAAAACCUCGAUUUGUAUCCAUCUCAAAUCACAAAACCGAGAACAAGUACAUAAAGGAAGCAAAACUCGAGUCUCAAUCGAGCCUCCCAGAUGCUCAACCAUCCCAGAACUUUUCAUCAGAUGACACUUCUUUCUUGAGCAGCCAAGGAGAAAUACAUGCAAGAAAUCUUCUCGAAAACAGUCUAGCCUCCGAACAAUCACAUAAAAACUCUAUCUUGGAUAAUCCAGAAGACGAUCAAGGGCUCUCUAUGAACACGCUGAACAAUCCCGAUUCCCUGUCAGCUGAGCAGCAUUCUGAGAUUCUAGAAUCCAUUAAUGCGGGAGCCAUUACAGAGGAACCCGAACCUCCCAUCAUAACUUGCGAGAGGCGAAGUAGUAGAUACAAACCGAGUGCAAGAGCACUGGAAGCGAUUGCAUAUGGUUUCAUGGAAGCAAGAACGAAAAGAAAACGCAGAAACGAGAGUUCAACCUCAACGAGCUCUUCUCAGAGGAGUAAACGUUUGGUGGAUAAUUAA